AUGGCGCCGCCUCGCGCCGCCAUGCAGCCGACGAAACCGUCGCCGUCCCCCUCCUCGUCCGGCUUUUCCUCCACCUCCUCCGAAGAGGAGGAGAAGCCGCAGGCUCAGGCUAGCUUUCUCUCCCCACCCGGGAAGAAGCCACUCACCGCGGCGGCGCCGCCGCCGCUUCCCCCUUCUUCACUCCGCUCCGGCAGCGAUGAGGAGGAUGAAGAGGAGGAGGAGGAUGGCGAUGGCGAUGGCGUUGAGUACGAGCCCCCUCCCAGGCCUCAGAAGGCCGCGCGGCCUACUCUGAGCGAGUCCGAGUCCGAGUCCGACUCCGACGCCGUCGUGCCGCCGCCUGCAGGUGGGAGGAAGAUGGAGGAACCAGAAGUCAAGGAAGAGGAGGAGGAGGGCGGCGCCGUCAGUGGACGAUCGGGGAAGAGGCCGUUCCAGAGGGUGUGGAAGCAGGAGGACGAGAUCGCACUGCUCAAGGGGAUGGCGGAGUUCCAGGCGGAGAACGGCGGCGCCGACCCCUCCUCCGCCGUCGACGCCUUCCAGGAUCUCCUCCGUCGCCGGUCCAUGCGUCUCGAGUUCAGCAGGUCCCAACUUGCCGACAAGAUGCGCCGCCUCAGGAGGAAAUACGAGGUUAACCUCCUCCGCGGGAAGAAAGGGAGCGGUCCGUCCUUCUCCAGGGCCCACGACAUCGCCGCCUUCGAGCUCUCGAAGACCAUCUGGCCGGGGAAGGAGAGGGCGAGCAACGCGGCUGAGCCCUGCUACCUGAUGCUCCGGGAGGGGGUGGCGAUGGUGGCGAGGGAGUGGGGGGAAGGUUCGCCGGCGGGGAAAUGGAUGUGGAGUGCCCUGCAGUGCCUGAAACCCGCCACCGCGAGGGCCUUGGAGGAGCGGUGGAGAAGGCAUUUCAUCGCAGGCAUGAAGCUCCGCCUGGAGAGAUAUGAUCUGACAAAGGAGCUCCUUGGGGCCAUCGUCGGUCAGCCCUGA